AUGGAACCCACCGGGGGGAUGCGCCUCUGCACCUGCACCGGCUCGUCCACGAAGGGCGCGUGGAAGAUGUACCUGGGAUUAUUUGUGAUGCUCCAGCUCCUGCUCCAUGCGGAAGCCUCGUCGGUGUCCAAGUCCUGCGAUAAGAGCUGCUUCUCAGGGAGGUGCGUCAACGGGAGCUGCGCCUGUGACCACGGAUGGGUCGGGGAUCGGUGCCAACACUGUCAGGGAAGAUUCAAAUUGACCGACCUGACAGGUUCCCUCACAGACGGACCAGUGAACUAUAAAUACAAGACCAAAUGCACUUGGCUCAUAGAAGGAUAUCCUAAUGCAGCACUCAGGCUGCGCUUCAAUCACUUUGCCACCGAGUGCAGCUGGGACCACAUGUACGUCUACGAUGGAGACUCCAUCUACGCCCCUUUGAUUGCCGUCUUCAGCGGUCUUGUCGUGGCAGAGAGCGGCGGCAAUGAGACGGUUCCCGAGGUGGUGACGACCUCCGGCUACGCUCUGCUGCACUUCUUCAGCGACGCGGCGUACAACCUGACCGGCUUCACCAUCACCUACUCGAUCAACUCGUGUCCCAACAACUGUUCGGGCCACGGCAGAUGCGGCGCGGCCACCUUGGCCUCCGGUCGCGUGUACUGCGAGUGCGAGGACUACUGGAAAGGAGACGCCUGCGACGUCCCGUACUGCAGAGACAACUGUGGCAGCCCGGACCACGGCUACUGUGACCUGACCGGAGAGAAGCUCUGCGUCUGCAACGACAGCUGGCAAGGUCCAGACUGUUCUCUGUCCGUCCCGUCCACCGAGGCCUUCUGGACGCUGCCCAGCGUCAAGCCGUCGGCGCAGUCGUCGGGUCGAGCGUCCCAUCAGGCACUGCUGCACUCUGGGCUCAUGUGGGUGGUGGGAGGCUACUCCUUCAACUACUCCAACUACCACAUGGUUCUCAACUACAACCUGGAGAGCAGCACGUGGGACGCGGUGCCUGUGAGCAGCGGCCCUCUCCACAGAUACGGACACUCGCUGGCUCUGCACCAGGACGACAUCUACAUGUUCGGUGGGAAGCUUGAAUCCGGAUCUGCCAACGUGACGGACGAGCUGUGGGUCUUCAACAUCCCCCGACGCACCUGGUCCCCGCGCACCCCCGCCCCGCCCCCUCCCUACGCCCUGGAGGGACACUCCGCCCACGUGGUGGCGCUGUCCCCCGGCGAGGCCGUGAUGCUGAUCUUCUUCGGCUACUCGCCGGUUUACAGCUACAUCAACAAAGUGCAGGAGUACAACUUCAGAUCGAACUCGUGGCAGGUUGUGUCGGCCGGCGGCGCGGUGGUCCAGGGGGGAUACGGCCACAGCAGCGUGUACGAUGAGUCCAGCCGCUGUGUGUUUGUUCACGGGGGAUACAAGGCCCUGAACAACAACAAGUACGGUCUGGUGGACCACAUGUACCGCUACCACGUCCGCACCAGGACAUGGUUGAUCCUCAGAGAGAGUGGUUUGGCGCGUCACCUCCACUCGGCGGCGCUGCUGAGCGGCACAGUUCUGGUGUUUGGAGGAAACACUCACAACGACACGUCGCUGAGCAACGGAGCCAAGUGUUUCUCUGCUGACUUCCUGGCGUACGACAUCGCUUGUGAUGAGUGGUCCAUCCUCCCCAGACCAUCGCUGCACCGGGACGCCAACCGAUUCGGACACUCUGCUGUUGUGAGCAACGGCUCCAUGUUGAUCUUCGGAGGUUUCUCCGGCGUCCUCCUGAACGACGUGCUGACCUACACCCCCCCAUCAUGUCGGGCCUUUUCCAACCCAGCUCUGUGUGCCGCUGCUGGGCCGGGCCUUCGCUGCCACUGGGUCAAAACUAGAUGUUUUCCCUGGGAACCAAAACCACCUGACCAGAUUCUACCUGCUGUGAUCUGUCCUUCACGACCUGACAGCACGGACGAGCAGUGCUUCCGCUUCUCGGACUGUGCGAGCUGCACGGCCAACACGUGGGGCUGCCAGUGGUGUGAGGACAGGAAGUGCAUCUCUUCAUCCAGCAACUGUACUGUGUCGGUGAGAGACUCGUUCAGGUGUAAGCGUCGGGAGGAGCAGGAGUGUUUCCGACUGGCCAACUGCAGGAGCUGCUCCCUUAAUGUCAACUGUCAGUGGGACCAGCAGCAGCAGGAGUGUCAAGCGCUGCCUGGUCAGCUGUGUGGAGAGAGCUGGCACCACGUGGGCGACGCCUGCCUGAGGAUCAACUCCAGCAAGGAGAGCUAUGAUAACGCUCAGCACUACUGUAAGAACCUGGGAGGAAACAUCGCGUCGCUGCUCACAGACCAACAAGUCAACUUCGUCCUGGAGGAGCUGCAGAGACACCAGCUGCAGGACAAGAGGUUGUCUCCGUGGGUCGGCCUGAGGAAGAUCAACGUGUCGUACUGGGGCUGGGAGGACGCGUCGCCCUUCACCAACACCAGUCUGCGCUGGUCUCCGGGCGAACCCAGUGACUCAGGCUUCUGUGCCUACCUGGAGCAGCCGCUGGCGGCCGGGCUCAAGGCCAACCCCUGCACCGCCACCACGGACGGGCUGAUCUGUGAGAAAUCUGCAGGGAGUCCUCAGACCCCUAGUGCUCGUCCCUGUAAGACUCCCUGCGCUCUGAGGUCCAGCUGCUCUAACUGCACCAGCCAGGCCAUGGAGUGCAUGUGGUGCAGCAGCACUCACCGCUGCGUCGACUCCUCGGCCUACGUCAUCUCCUUCCCCUACGGCCAGUGUCUGGAGUGGCAGACUCAGGACUGCUCAGCUCAGAACUGUUCGGGUCUGCGGACGUGUGCCGACUGUCUGGAGAGGGCCGAGUGCGGCUGGUGCGGUGACCCCAGUAACACGGGUAAGGGCGCGUGUACCGAGGGAUCCUACCGGGGGCCCCUGAAGCCCUCCAGCCCCAGGGCCGGGUCCCGGGACAGGGACAUGGUGCUGGACCAGAGCCUGUGCACGGCGGACAGAGGCUUUAACUGGGCCUACAUCCAGUGUCCAGCGUGUCAGUGUAACGGUCACAGCAGGUGUGUGAACGCCAGUGUGUGCGAGCGCUGUGGGAACCUGACGGCGGGGACACACUGCCAGAACUGCAUGGCCGGUUAUUACGGCGACCCCAUCAACGGAGGGAAAUGCAACGCAUGUAAGUGUAACAGUCAUGCCAACGUGUGCCACGUCAACACUGGGAAGUGCUUCUGCACCACCAAGGGCAUCAAGGGAGACCAGUGUCAGCUAUGUGACUCAGAGAACCGUUACCUUGGUAACCCCCUCAGAGGAACAUGUUAUUACAACCUGUUGAUCGAUUACCAGUUUACCUUCAGCUUGCUGCAGGAAGACGACCGUCACUACACGGCCAUCAACUUCAUGGCUACACCCGAACAGGCCAACAAAAAUCUUGACAUGUCCAUCAACGCCUCCAACAACUUCGACCUCAACAUCACCUGGUCCUUAAGCUCCACAGCCGGCACCAUCUCCGGUGAAGAGAUGCCCGUCAUCGCUCGGACCAACAUCCGGGAGCACAGGGACAGCCUCUCCUGUGAGAAGUUCAACUUCAGGCUCCACCACAACAUCACCUUCUACGUCUACGUGUCCAACUUCAGCUGGCCAAUCAAGAUCCAG